AUGUCUAUCAUUGACUUGCCAUAUUCGGGAGUCCCUUACGUGGUCAAGUCGUACAGAGCCGAGCCCAUUCUAAGACGGUUAUUGGAUAUCGCCCUCUCCUUUUUAACCCCAGUCCUCCACGAGGGUGAUCAUCCCGUCAGCAAGUAUGUCGUCUACGGCAACAAGCUGCAUGGCCCGACGCUCUCCGCGGCAUACUCGUAA